UGCGCGGAGGCGGGGCAGGGGGUGCAUGGGCACAGACGGUUGACGGUCGCCCGGCGGGCGUCGAUGCCAUGGAGCUGUGAGCUGUCGACCGGCUGUCGGACCGAGGGCAGCCCCGAUGCACGAUCGCUCGGUGCCCCUGCUGUGGGCGGGCGGGCCUCGGCGCCUGGCUCCUCUCGCUGGCCGUUGAUCGCGAGUGAACCGGGCGGCCGCCGGGCUCCGGCUCCGCCGGGGUCUCCCUCCCCGACCGUCCGCUCCCACCGCCGCCGCCUUCCCGCUCACCAUGUCCGGCAAACACUUCAAGGGCCCCGAAGUUAGUUGCUGCGUAAAGUACGUCCUGUUCGGCUUCAACAUCAUCUUCUGGUUGCUAGGAGCUGCAUUUCUUGGAAUUGGCCUCUGGGCUUGGGCUGAGAAGGGUGUGCUUUCCAACAUCUCUUCUAUCACAGACUUGGGAGGAUUUGACCCAGUCUGGUUGUUCAUUGUUGUUGGUGGAGUAAUGUUCAUUCUUGGAUUUGCUGGCUGUAUUGGUGCACUGCGUGAGAACACUUUCCUACUGAAAUUUUUUUCAGUAUUCUUGGGUCUAAUUUUCUUCUUGGAGUUGACAACUGGGAUACUAGCAUUCGUCUUCAAGGACUGGAUCAAGGACCAGCUCAAUUUAUUUAUCAACAAAAAUGUUCAAGCUUAUAGGGAUGACAUAGAUCUUCAAAACCUUAUUGAUUUUGCACAAGAAUAUUGGUUGUGCUGUGGUGCUCGAGGACCCAUCGACUGGGACCUAAAUAUUUACUUUAAUUGUACAGAUUUCAACCCAAGCAGAGAGCGAUGUGGUGUUCCAUUUUCUUGCUGUAUUAAAGAUCCUGCGGAGGAUGUCAUUAACACACAGUGUGGAUAUGAUGUUAGGUUGAAAAUGGAAAUAGAUCAACAAGAUUAUAUUUAUACCAAAGGAUGUGUUGGGCAGUUUGAAAAAUGGUUGCAGGAAAACUUGAUUGUGGUAGCUGGAAUCUUCAUCGCUAUUGCAUUAUUGCAGAUAUUUGGAAUUUGCCUGGCACAGAAUCUGGUCACUGACAUUAAAGCUGUCAAAGCCAAUUGGUAAUAUUUCAUUGAAGGUUAAUUAGCCGAGUUUGACAGAACUGUUGGAAGCACAUCUGUAAAAAGCACAUUGAAUGAAUGUCAUCUGUAGAGUAUUGGUUAAUCUCUUAAUGCUAUGAGACCUGUGGAUAUAAACUACUAUUAAGCAAGUUGGACUUUUACAAUACCAGAGAGCUUGCAGAAUUUGAGGUUUUAUGAUUGCAAAGGGAACUUGAACAAUUUUCAAUGAAUAUUUUGAAAAAUUGUUUGUCAGUGGUGUAAACACUACCAUAAAUAUAUUAAGUUUGUACUGUUAAAGAUUGUGUGGUUUAAAUGUUUUCUAAGGGGAGGAAAAAUGAUUUGCUACAACUGCUGACCCACUUGCAGAUACCGGUAACCAGAUUUAGGGCUAUUAAAUAGUCCAGUCCUACAUUGAAGAAACUUUGGAUCAUUUGUUACCUUUGAAAGAAAAGCGAGAAUAAUUAGUCUAUGCAGAUCUAAGGGAUUAGAUUUAUGUAAUGCAUAUUGGCGAUAGUUUAUAUGUAAUUCAGGCAGUGAUCAUAAAUGGCAACAAUUUUUUAACUAUGCCUCUUUGUUAUAGAAAGAAAAGUGGCCGAUCCUGGCAAUGCUCGAACUUUAACUUAGAUUAUUACAGAUGUCUUUUAUUUCAAGUUCUGACAUAAUUUUCAUAUUAGGAAAGACUGAGAAAGUCAACAGUGUCAGGUGCUUUUUAAAAUAGAUUUAUAAGUGGUAAUUAUGUAAGUGUUACUUUAUUUCUUUAAAUAACAUUAACACGUUGUUUGCACUAAAAUGUCAUUUAAAUUGGUGGUGCAAACUGGUCUACUCAGGAAAUUUACCGUGAAUUAUUUAGCAUGGUAUCAAACGCUACACUGUUGCUUUAGUCUCCCAAGACUACUCAAAUGCCUUUUGGUCUGCUGCUACUUUUAACAACUGACCUUUAAAUUGCAGGAACGUUUGUUCCUGCUAUCCCUACAAGUUUUCAGUUUUGGUAUAUAGGUCAGAAUUUGAUUAAGCUAAAACCAGAACUUGACUAUUUCUUCAAUUUCUCCUGAGUAAUUGCUGGAAAGUAAAAUCUGUUUAAAAACACUCGGGGGUGGGAAGAUGGUACAGGCAGAUGUUGAUGAGGCAUGAGGAAAAUGUGUAUCUUUGACUAUUUUGCUGUCGUUUAACUCCUUUAUGUGUCAAAGUUAAAAAAAUGUUAACCAUCAAACCAUCAGUCAGACACAUUUGUCACUUGUUCAAGAUGACCCUUGGCUCUAUGUACAUAACACUUUGAGUGUAAAUUUAAACCCAACACAGGAAAUUUGCUUUUUUUUUUUGGCAAAUUGAGUAAUUCAAGCAAGCCUCAACAGUGUAAAUCAUCUGUAUGUGAAUUUCCUCAAUCCUGGUGCAGAAAGUUAAAAUAAUGUUACACUAAUGCUGUUGCUUCAACAUGUUUAGAAUGACCAUGGAUUGUCAUAUUUGCCUAUCGUGUUUGUUUUGCUUUCACCUGAUUGGUCCCAUUGGAUCAUAUUUGUUUAAGAAAAAAUCCUGCACAGGUCUCAUAUACAUUUCAGCUGUCAUGCAGUCCAGUAAAUAAAUUAAAUCCAAUUAACUUAGUCUGAAUGUAAGUAUAUUUCAAAAAUACUUUUCAGUACUUGAUUUUACUUUAUGCUAUUCAUUAUUUGUUAUUCUGAUAGGGCCCAUUUGCAAUGAUGUGACAUUAAACAAAUGCACUGUUGCAUCCACUAUACAUUUCCUGUUAUUAGUCAAGAUUUGGUUAAUAAAGCUUGUUACAACUAACUUCUAAAAUUAGCCAUGUAAAUUUAUAUUAAACAUUUUCAAGAAUAGUGUUCUUCAGCAUUACAAUUGGAAAUAAAUUUUUGCCAAUGCUUUUAAUUGUGUCAUAUUUUACAUGUUUCUACUUUUCAACCACUGUUUAAAAGGUUUUUAAUGAUGGGAAAUGUUCCGUUUUAUAUGCAUCACAGCAAUGUUACAAGAAAUCUGUGGUGCUGGGCUACCACAAAGUCAGACCAAAAACAUUCUCCUUACUAUUCUGUGGCAAAAUAUCGCCAUUACACUUUUGCAAGAUUAGUUUGUAUACUUGCACUUUCCUCAAUCAGUGUAGAAUGUAAUCUGACGAGAUGUUAAUAGUGUUAAUGCAGUUUGGUAGAGCUGCCUCAGAGUUCCUUUGGAAUAUUGCAGAGUUGCUUAUCUAAGCAGCAAACUGCUAUAUGCAGUCAUUUUUUCAACAAAUUUGUUUUCGUUAUACGUUCCAAUUAGUACUUGAGCCAGAUAAUUGGUAGUGUGAGUGAACCCAGCGUAUCAUGACUGUACAUUGGUAGUUUUCUUUUGUAUGUUGCUUUGGGAUACUUCAUAAUUAGCAGAGUACUUUUGAAAUUCCAACUCGCUUAUAUUACGUAUAAACAGUGGAAUCCAAUGCAGUAUUAAUCUUUUAUUUUUGUUUAUUUUGGGCAUUGUUUAUUAUAAUUGUACAAUAAUUUAACAUUCUGCUCAAAGUGAUGGGUUCAUUUUGAAGCAUUUUGGAAAGUUUUAAUAACUCUGUACUCCAAGAUUUUUGUCUGUUCUCUCACAAAUUCUGUAACCAGUCCUUAUGUUGUACAUUCUUAUUUUGUAUGGAUUAUCUGGAUAAAUUGUUCUAAAGUUUGUCUGAUUUCAUUAGAUCCCAAAGUGUGAUUUACAAAAAUAAACUGUUAUAUUGUUUUUGCACAGUAUUAAAGUUUCAGAAAAUCAUAGUUGUAAACAUGCAUUGUACAUUCUUUGUGUGAUCAUUGAGUCGUCAAGAUUACAAUAAAGUGUCUUUCUUUA